AUGAACAUCAGAAGUCUGGAAAGGCAGAAAAGGGCUGGGAAUCGGACUAGCAUAGAAAUCUCAAAAGCAGAAGAGCAGGAGCCAAGCUCAGCCUUCCACUUCAGGGGGCAACAGGCCUUGAAGAAUCGCAGGGUCUCUGUGUUGCCCUUGAAGUGGAGACUGAGACACAGUUCCCACUGGGCGGGGCAGUUGUUGGCUUCAGAGCUCAGCCUGCUUGCCUUCAUUCUGCUGAUGGUCAUGGUCUUCUCCAAGAAAUGGCUGUACCCCUCCAGAAUCCGCUACUACCAGCCCUGGCCCAUUCGCGUUAACAACAUAAUCGACAACUCAGCUCGUAUCUUGUCCAUGGGACUCUUGGAGUUUGGCAAAACCAAGAGCAGCAACAACUCAGAGAAUGGAAGAGUUGUCUUCAUUUUCUUCACCCUCAUAUUGUUUCCUACUAAUCUCUGGAUCUUCGAGUUGAAGAUGAAUGUAUCAAUCCCCUUUGGCUGGAGCUACUUCAUUGGUUGGCUGGUGUUUAUCCUCUAUGCCACCUGUGGGGUCCUCUGCUACUUCAACAAUAGAUAUUUCAGGGAUGUGAUUCAGAGUCCUCCCUCUGGCAUCAGCUUCAGCAGCAAUUAUUCCAGCUCAGUAAAAGACUACAUAAACAGACUGUUUCAGAUACCUGUCAAGAAGGAAGUCCAGUAUCCUAAUAAAAAGGCAUCUCUGGAUCCUGAGAGGGCAGAUGACUGA